GCAAAUCAAGUGGUCUACGGCGUCAAUCACAUCUAGGCUCAUAAGCCGGUAGUUAUCGAGUUGGUGGCCUUCGACACACAAGUUCACAAUCACAGAUACUAAGGAAGAUUCGCCACGGUUGGCCGUCUAACAGUGAUCAUGAAAUUAUUGUUGGUGUUGUGUGCGUUCCUAGCUGUGGCAGCGGCCGCCCCUCAGGACGUCCAGCUUAUAAAAUACAAUAUGAACAACGAUGGACUUGGCACUUACAAUUUUGAUUUCGAGCAAAGCGAUGGUACAAAGCAUGAACAAACAGGAGAGCUACGAAACCCUGGUUCCGAGAAUGAAUUUGUUGCUGUAAGAGGUUCUUACUCCUGGACUGCCCCUGAUGGUAACGCGUUCGAUGUUUACUACACUGCUGAUGAAAAUGGCUUUAAACCAGACAUCGCACCGGGCCGAGUUCCUUUAUCCCCUAGAUUACUAGAGCUAUUCCGCAGUUACGAAAAGGAAAUUGGGCUGCGUUCAUAAAUUGUUGGCCCUGGAGCCAAAAGCGUCAGAUAAUUUUUGUAUUGUAUUCUCUAUCAUUAGCUGAUUCCUAAAAGAUCUUGUUUGUAUAGCGGACUAGUUGCAGAAAAGAUACAUUUAAAAGAAAGUAUCAGAUUUUGGGGUUAUAAUCUAACCGUAACAACGAAUAUUAAAUGUAGGUACACGUCACUUAUGUACUCUGCGAAAGUGACAAUAACAGACGACGUGACGUUCACAGCAAAACUAGGGAUGUAGUACGACACCACACCAAUAAUAUUUUUUUCGAUUAAAAUUUAGUGUGGUCUUAUAUUAUUACAAACUGUCUGUUACAUUAAUUUUGUAAUAUAAAACAGUACAUGUAUGUAUAACAAUGGUUUUUUACGCUGAAAAAGUAAUGUUAUUUUUGUAUUCAUUGACGUAAAAAAUUAAAAGAUGUUUGAAUGAUUGUAUAGAAAUAAAGUUUUGAUUACUGUAUAAUAUUAUUCUUACUACAUACUUAAAUUGGACUAUGACUGCAUUAAUAAAGUAUUCUUAUUUGG